AUGACUCCAGCUUUCUUCUUCUCCCUCUUCCUGUCAAUGACGGUCGUUUCUCUGAGGGCUGCUGUCAUCAAAGAUCCAAGUGAUGAGUUUUUGGGUGCCUCAGCGAUCAUUGAAAAAGUCAACGCUGACAUAUCAAAAGGCCUGGUUCAUGGCGACAUUGCACCCACUUUAACCAAGAAUGCUGAUCCAUGCACAGCCACUGGCUGCAAGUGGCCCAAAAGUGGAAGCCACGUCACUGUACCUGUCUCCAUCUCCUCUGUAUAUUCCACCCAGGAGCGCAACAUCAUCAUCAGUGCCCUGCUCACCUUCCACGAGUCCACCUGCAUUCGCUUCGUCUGGAGGACAGACCAAGUCAAUUACCUUUACUUCUUCUCUGGAGAAGGGUGUUAUUCGUACGUGGGCCGUCAGAGCCGAGGACAGGGAAUCUCCCUCCAGAGAAACGGUUGCUUGUUCCAGUCAACGGUGCAACACGAGGUUCUUCAUGCUCUGGGCUUCCACCAUGAGCAGGUCCGCUCCGACAGGGACCAGUAUGUGAAGAUCCUCACCGAAAACAUCAUCCCGGGACAAGAGAGCAACUUUGAGAAAGUGCUUACCAACAAUUUGCAGACUCCCUAUGACUUCAACUCUGUCAUGCAAUAUGGCAGAUACUCCUUCUCCAGGAAUGGGCAGCCAACGAUUGUUGCUAGGUCCAAUCCUAAUCUUGACUUCGGAAAUGCUUUUCAGAUGAGCGCCAAUGACAUUGCUCGUAUAAACAGGCUUUAUGAAUGCUAACUUUGGCAUGACAAUUCAACUCUACAUCCAAAUACUUCAGUUCUCA